AUGCUGCUGAGCCGACCUGUCACCAUUGACAACCAUCAAGAAACUGGUGAGCAGUUACCGAAAAUGGAUGGCAGUUUGGGGAUGCGAAAUGUUUAUUUCCGAUAUCCCAACCGACCAGAGAGAAGAGUUCUGAAUGGCCUCAGCUUGAAUGUAGAAACAGGACAGUACAUAGGUCUUGUCGGGGCAAGUGGAUGUGGGAAGAGCACCAUCAUCUCUUUAUUAGAGCGGUUCUUCGACCCCGAAGCCGGGGAGAUCUUGGUUGACGGGAAAGACAUUUCAAUGUUAAAUGUCAAGAGCUACAGGAGUCACCUUGCUCUAGUCAGUCAAGAGCCGACACUGUACCACGGCACAAUCAGGGAUAAUAUCACCAUGGGAACCGACGACGACGAUAUUUCCGAGGAGAGAGUCAUCCAAGCAUGCAAGGAUGCCAACAUCUACGACUUCAUCAUCUCCCUACCUGAUGGUUUCUCGACGGUUAUAGGCGCACGAGGCGGCAUGCUCUCCGGCGGACAGCAACAGCGGAUUGCUAUAGCGCGAGCACUUCUCCCCACUUCCGCGCUUGACUCGGAGUCGGAAAAGGUCGUUCAGGAUGCACUCAAUGCCGCUGCUCAAGGUCGAACGACAGUCGCUGUUGCGCAUCGCAUAAGUACGGUACAGAAGGCUGAUUGUAUUUAUGUGUUGCAUGAAGGCAAUGUUGUGGAACAGGGGACGCACCAGGAGCUGAUGGAGAUGGGUGGACGAUACUUUGAAUUGGUCAAAUUGCAGAGCUUGAAGGGCAUUUGA